AUCGUCGCAUAUAACUACUUUUGGUGGGUGCAGAUGGCGCGAAUAUGCAAAAUUCCCACACAAUUGGGAUUGCCAGCCCGUGGGCCCGAAUAACCGACCCGAAUCCCAUUAGUCAUCAAAUACACAAGCACCUCUCUGAAUCAUCAAUUGCACAGAUUCACACCUCUGAUCAAAGUAUACGGUUUAACGCAACAUUCGCGGAAGACGAGAAGCCAUGGCCCUCAAAUUCCAAUCCCUUUUCUCAAGAAAUGCACGAUCCUACACGCACAAGAACGAGAGAGCGGUUGCGAGUUCAGGAACUCCGAUGUGUGCGGAUAAUUCUUACCAAAAAGCCGAGUUCACGCCGCUCGCCGCGGUGGCGGAUGCGUUUGAGGAACUUUCGGCGGUGCUGAAGGCGAAGGGGAGCGAUCACGACCUCGAUUUGAAGACGUUCUGCGAUGCGUGCUCUCUCGUGUCGGUGCUCUUUAGUUGUUUAGGCGUCGCUUUUAAAUUUGCUGAAAUGGAGUAUGUUUCCAAGGUAAAUGAUCUUGCGGGAGCAUCGCAAAGCUAUAGAACAUUGAAUAAUGUACUUGAUUACGAUACACAAAAUAACUCAGUCAGGACGCCAGGAAGUCUAUCACGUAAUUUACGCAGAGUCAGGCAGGGCCUUGAUCUUAUCAGAGUUCUGUUCCAAAACUUUUUGUCAUCAAAUGACUACUACUUGAAAGAUGCUGCCUCAACAGCUUAUGCGAAAACAUGUGCACCAUAUCACACUUGGGCGGUGAGGACUGCUGCUUAUGCUGGUAUGUAUGCUCUGCCAACAAGGGAUCAGUUGCUUGUGAAGCUAAAUGAAAAUGGUAAGCCGAGAUUCUAUCACUAUCGCGUUGCACCCUUUUAUCAUUUUAUUCUCUACUGCGAUAAUCAUUCCAUACCAUCAACAGUAAUUGUAACUUCUUGGCUGGCUGGAGGUGAAUUGUGAGGAGAACAUUUAGAUGUAUUUUCAGUUCUUGAUUAUCUGAAUCUUCUCCAUUUAACUUGCAUAUAUGCUUCAUAUCAAUUUUCUAACUAAAACAGAUUGAUGUGAUAACAGACAACUCAGCUGAGAAGGAAAUGAUUCGAUACAUAAAUGCGUCGCUUCCAGUCAUCGAGUACAUCGAUAACCUGUAUGUUCGUAGACGUAUCAGCUUGGAUUGGUGAGGUAGUUCCAGUGAAGAUCCCCGUGGAUACAUAUUUUAAAACAUUUAGGCACUACAGGAUUAAUCCAAAUUAGAGAUGGCUAACGAUGCUUAUGUUUUUAUGGUCUUGAAAAAUCCCAGCAAAUGUAACUUUAAUAUUCUGUAACGAUCACUUUGAAACUCAAUGAUAUUACAUAACUUUAAUUUUCAGGCUCUCA